AACUCCCCCUUCCCUCCGCCUCCGCCUGCGUACCUCACCAUAACCAAAAAGUCAUAACAAACAACUGUAUCAACAAAACGGAAAUUUGCUCAGAUUUUAGUAUGGGUCUCCUUACUGUUUUGAAAAAGUUGAAGCAGAAAGAAAAAGAGAUGCGUAUUUUGAUGUUAGGUUUAGAUAAUGCUGGUAAAACAACAAUUCUCAAGAGAUUUAAUGGUGAAGAUAUCGACACAAUAUCCCCUACUCUUGGAUUCAAUAUUAUUACUCUUGAGCAUCGAGGAUUCAAGCUUAAUGUUUGGGAUGUCGGAGGUCAGAAAUCUUUAAGGUCGUAUUGGCGUAAUUAUUUUGAGUGCACAGAUGGGCUCAUAUGGGUUGUAGACAGUGCAGAUAAGAGACGUCUCUUAGAUUGCAAAAAGGAACUCCACCAGCUACUUGAUGAAGAGAGACUUGCUGGUGCAACACUACUUGUUUUUGCUAAUAAGCAAGACUUGGCAGGAGCAUUAUCAUUUGAAGAAAUACGAGAC